AUGGCGAACGUGGCCGACACCAAGCUCUACGACAUCCUCGGGGUGCCGCCGGGGGUCUCCGACAACGAGCUGAAGAAGGCUUGUGUUUCUCGUGACAAAGGGAUUAAAACAGAGACUCACUUUUCCUCCUUCCCUCUCCCUCCCUCCUUCCUCUUCUUGUCUCCUUGUAAGGUUCCUGUUGCAUGCAAAUCCUGUCCAUGUGGGUACAUAUUUAUCAGCCGCAAGCUCCUGAAUGCCAAACGUUCGGAAAAGCUGCCGUCCUCUGCAGAAAGCAGAAGCGACGCUAAGAGAAGGCGCACCGAGAGAGUCAAAAGGGAGAAGAUCAACCCAGUGGUAAAUAAAGACUUAGAAAACAGGAAAAGGUCCAGAUCGCACAGCCAAUCGGAUCACAGCCGAAGAGGAAGGGGACGGCCCAAGGCAGCUUCAUCUAAAAAGCACGAUGAAGAAAAAGAGAAACAAGAAAAGGAAGUGGACAUGUACGCGAAUCUCUCGGACGAAAAAGCAUUUGUAUUUUCUGUGGCCUUGGCGGAAAUAAACCGAAAAAUUAUCAACCAGAGACUGAUUCUUUGACGAGGCGGCUGUGACCUCCGCAUGCCACGCUCUUGGAAGCCAGGUAGUGCAUUAAAGAUUCUUCCGUGGCCUCUCAAGGGGCGAACGCCGUUACCCUGUGUCGGUCGAGGUCAUUCGUGGUUUCCCCCCCCCUCCUGGCUGAAUCUCUGGCGCUCGUGAUUGCUUUUGAAGCCGGCCGAUUGUCAAGAAGCAAAGGGACCAGCUCGUUGCUUUGUGGAAGGAGCAGAGAGGUCAGAUGUCCGAAGCAACAUCCUUUCACUCUGCAGAGACAGCCGGAAGACUUUUCCAGGAGUUUUUGCACACCGAUCCACUUCGAGCUGCAUUUAAAACGUCCUUCGCUGCGGAUUUUCAGUUGCGUCGAACUUCCUGUGUAAAUAGUCCAUCUUAAACCUGUACAUAAGUUGAUAAUUCUGGGAUUUUCCUGGAAAUCCACUGAUUGCGAAAUCGACGGGUGGGUUAAGUCGAACUUUUUAUUAUUAUUAUUAUUAUUAUUAUUAUUAUAUAAUACGUUAUUGGUUGAACCGUCUUUCUGCGUUGUUCUAAACUUUACCAAGCGGACGUAUCAGACUGUAACCAUAGAAACAUGUGGGAAUAAAUUGCGUCGAACUCAUUGAGACGGGAGUCAGCAGAGCAGGCUUGUAUUCUGCUGAUUGGGCUUUGAUAAAAAGCUUAUUUUAUACAGCCUUUGUGUGUCGGGGGUAUUAAAAUACCGUAAUCCAGAACUCAUUUUGGAAGGCACCAGAUCAAGGAAAGCUCUGGUCUAUGAUUUCACAUGGAAAUUUGUCUCCUGAAUUUGUUUUGCAUUUAAGCAGUGUUGCAACGCCUCCAUGUCAAUUAAAAGAAUUUGAGUGAAGACA